UGAAAGCUAGGCGUUUUUUUAAUUAUAAUUUUUUACGAAAUUAUUUAGGUGAAACUUUUGACUGAUCAGUAUAAUUGUUAUAUUCGCUAUUUAUCAUGUCCUUAAGCUAUAAGGGACCGUUAUUAAAAUUAUGCUUCUUACCGGUUUUAAUUAUUUUAGUUGUUUACCUAUAUUCGCACUAUUUCACGGGCGAACAUUCGACGAACAUCGGCGAACGUCCGACGAGCAUCGGUGAACGUCCGACGAACAUCGACGAACGAACAAAAACGAGAACAUCGUUCGUUUCUCAGAAUUUGGGAUUUUCGAGUUUUCCGCAAGAUGUUAGAAAUAAAUUCGACGAAUUUGCGAGGAAUAAAGUGCAUUCCAGAGAUCCAGAGUUGAUAAAGUUCCUAAAGGAUGUUAUGAGACCACCGAGUGGCAACAAAGUUUUGAAGUACAGGUCCAUGAUUAAGACGCCACAAGCUGAAGAAAUUGAUAACAUUUUGAAAAAAAAAGGUGGAUUUUUUGUAGAAGCAGGUGCAUACGACGGGGAGACGGCAUCAAAUACGUUGUUCCUGGAGGUUGAGAGGGGCUGGAGUGGCUUGCUGGUGGAGCCCGACCCCUACUUCUACACCCAACUCGUCGGAAAAAACAGGAAUGUCUGGUCGAUUAAUGCUUGCCUGAGUCCAUUCAAUUACGCUUCAAAACUUUACCUACAAGAGAGCAAUGGCCAACUUGGUAAACUGCAGGCAGACAAAUCCUCCAAAUUUGUCACCGAGGUCCCAUGCUUCCCAUUUGAAUCCCUACUCCUGGCUAUUGACAGGAAAACUGUGGAUUUUUUCAGUUUGGACGUGGAAGGGGGGGAGGUGCCGAUAUUGAAAACGAUCAAGUUUGAUGAGUUUGACAUCAAGACGCUGGCUGUUGAGUACAGGCACGGCAAGACUGAGGAAUACUACGAAGUCAUGGGCAAGAAUAAUUAUAAUAUGAGCAAGAUAUUGAAGAUUGAUAAGCCGGAGUUGAGUUUAUAUGUUGAGGAUUUCAUUUUUGUGAAGAAAUGAUUUGAUAUAUAAUAUUUUAUUAUUUUGAAACAUCUGUUCAGAUAUAAACAUUGUUCUGCCGAACAUUUUGUAAUAUUAUUCUCUAUAUAGCGCCAAUUUCUUUAAAAAUAAAACUUCCCACUAAAAUAAUUAAAACCAAACUGGAAAAUAUAAACUUAAACCUGGACACUUCUCCAACCUCUUGCUUACAUUGACAUGCAGUUCUGUUUGUUACAGUCUCACCGGUGACACCCAUCCACACUUCGAUAUCCAUCUCUUCAAACAAAUGAUCUUACAAUUUGAAUUAACUGCUAUAAUUCUAAUUAUUUAACCUGCAUCUAAUAGGUUAAUGGCCAUUUUUUAAAAUGUUGGAAAUGUUUCAGAUUGUAAAGUUUGUGCAUAAUUUGUGUAAUGUUGUUGUAUUAUUUAUUACAAAUUA